AAGUUUUGUGUACAUUAUUUGAGACAAAGUUGAACUCAGUUUUGUUAGGAUUAUCAAUAUUUAGGAUAUAAUGAAACUUUUACAUAAUCCCAGCAGAAAAAAAACUUUGAGGAUUGUCGGAUUGGGAUGAUAUUCGGUGAUAUUUUCCAAAGAUUUGUUCAGAAUCACAGGAUAAGAACACAAUUGAUCAAUCAAUCAGUUCAAAAGAUAUCAUUUACUCUUAUUACUUUCAUUAGUAAAUCUUAUAUUAGUUUAAGUACAUCCAAAUUUGUGUGAUUUAUAAAAGUUUCCACCUGUUCAACACAGUUUCAUAAUGGCAGCUGAUUUUGCAGCAGGAUGUGUUGGAGGAUGUGCCGGCGUUCUGGUCGGCCACCCCUUCGACACCGUCAAGGUCCAUCUGCAGACACAAGACUCGGCCAACCCUCGUUACCGGGGGGCCAUGCACUGUUUCCGUACGAUCCUCGCCAGGGACUCCGUUCGAGGUCUUUACCGCGGCGUCACCAGUCCAAUGGGUGGUAUCGCUUUUGUUAAUGCCGUUGUAUUUGGAGUUUAUGGAAACGCUCAGAGGUCUAUGAACGACCCUUCAUCUCUGAUGUCCCAUACGAUCGCUGGAGCUGCCGCAGGAUUUGCACAGAGCAUAUUCUGUGGACCGAUGGAACUUGCCAAAACUAGACUUCAAUUGCAAUCUGGAGCAGGACAGUUUCGAGGACCACUUCAACUCAUGGGCCACAUUUUCAAAACAGAAGGUAUGCGAGGACUAUUCCGAGGAACUGGUGUAACAGCUUUCCGUGACUGUCCAGCUUUUGCUAGUUAUUUUUUGACUUACGAAUUUUUGAUGCGCUCUUCGGUAAAAGAAGGAGAAACGAUCACUCCGUCAACAGCAAGAACUUUGUUCGCUGGCGGUUUUGCUGGUGUUGUAUCUUGGGCUGUUACUUUCCCUAUAGAUGUUAUCAAAAGUAGAGUGCAAGCUGAUGGCAUGAGCGGAAAUCCAAAAUACUCGGGAGCAAUCGACUGUUUGCGCAAGAGUUAUGCUGCGGAAGGCCACAAAUUUCUAUUCCGCGGACUUACAUCUACAUUAGUUCGUGCAUUUCCAACAAACGCAGCUACUUUUGUCGUCGUUGAUUGGUGUUUCCGUUUACAAUCUUUCUUUAAAAACAAUGUCCCGACCUUGCAAACAGAUCCAACAGUCAGCGCUACCCCAUUAGCAACAAACUCUGAAUCCUCAUCAUCAUUUUUCCCAAAUUAUUUGAGCCAUGUUUGGAAUAAAAGCAAAAAUAUAGCAGAUACUAUGCAUUUCUGGUUAGAAGGUAUGAUCCCAUCUAUAGGUCAUGAAUCAAAUUGCGGUAAGUGUGCGAGAGGAUUUGCAGCUGGUUUUUCGAUGUUCCACGAAGCUAUUUGUGAUGCAGAUACCAUCGAUUUAAGUGAAUUGGCGACGAAAGCCUGUAUGAAGUGCGCCGAGUUGAAAAUUUCGAGGGAGGUUGACGUAAGAUUGGCGGUGAUGGCUAGUUGAUUUAUAAUAUGUUCGAUGGAUCUAAUUAAAUCUUUGUUUUGAUAUAUUUUGGGUAAAAAUAUAGAUUUACCCAAGGUAUAUUAAAAUAUACGCAUGCCAAAGAUUUCCCUCCCACAUCUCUUGUUCAU